AUGUUCGGCAUCCGGACCCCAGUAAACAAGAAAAAUGCCCCGCCAACCCAAGAAGAGUCUCCUGGCGCUUCCUCAAACGUGAGCCCGGCUCAGCCGACAAACACUAGCGUCAGGAGGAGCAUCGAGGUGUUGGAGGCAAACCAACCCUUCCCCAGCUCGGCACCUGCCGCCCCAGUGAAACCUAAAAAGAUCACAAUACUAAAGAGCGUGUCACCAGCUCCAGAGAGGCUCGCUGGGGUGGCAGAGGCCUCUAAACCCCCAGCCUCCGUCAGUAGGGUGCAAGAAGCCAGGAAUCUGGUUACAAAGGCCAAGAUUGCUCUUGGCCAAAGUCGGAACCUCCGAACUGACAUCAAGGAGGACGUCACCCUGGCCAUUGACACCCUCUAUCGCAUGGUGAGGGAUGGGGAAGCGGACAAGGGGAAGGGCCUUAAAGCCACAAAAAAGGAACAGCCUGCCACUGUUGAAGCGAUGCCAGCGGAACGUUGCAGCCACCCAGAGUACUCCCAGCUGCUCUCCUCAAUGGCGGACCAUAGCAGGUUGGUGAGGGAGAGCGCCGAAAAAAUGGAGGAAUUAAAAGAAAGUCUGUCCAAACACUCGACAGCGCUGGAGGCGACCACAUACGCGGGGGUGUUGGCCGCACCUAAGCCGCUAGCAGCAUCACCGCGACCAACACUACACUCGGUGGUGGUCGCCUCCAACGACAAGCAAGAAACUGGCGAGCAGGUGCUGGACAAGAUCCGCACUGCUAUUAACGCCAAGGAAGGUGGCUACCGGAUCGACAGGGUCAGGAAGGCAAAGGACAGUAAGGUCAUCAUCAGCUGCAGGGACGAGGGGGAGCGGAGCAGGGUCCGGGAGAAGCUAAGGUCGGCCGGUCAACAGCUGACCGUCCAGGACGCAGCAAACCUGGACCCGCUCAUUAUCCUCAGGGACGUCCUCAGCUAUAACACCGACGAGGACGUCACGAAAGCCCUGAGGACACAGAACAGCAAGCUCUUCACCGACCUUGCGGCUGAGGAUGAUCGACUUGCAGUAAAAUAUAGAAAACGGGCCCGGAACAACCUUAUGUGUCACAUUGUCGCGAGGGUCUCCCCCACCCUCUGGAGUAGACUAACAGGGGUGUCUGCCGUGUAUAUAGACAUGCAGCGGAUCAGGGUGGAAGAUCAAUCUCCCCUGGUCCAAUGCUCUUUGUGCCUAGGAUAUGGGCACGGCAGACGCCUCUGCACAGAAAAAGAGGAAGCCUGCAGCCACUGCGGUGGCCCUCACUUACGCAAUAAUUGCCCGGAGGUGAAAGCCAAUGCGCCCCCCUCCUGCUGUAACUGCACUAGAGCCGGGCUGGAGGGAGCGACGCAUAAUGCGUUCAGCCCAGACUGCCCGGCUAACCUCCAAAGAAAGCAGCUGGCGACCGCCGAGCUGCUCGAGUGUGCUUCACGGUCGAGAACGGCUUUUGCUCUUAUUCAAGAGCCUUACGUGGGCUCUGUCCGGAGAAUGCGGGGCUACCGAGGGUCGCGGAUCUACCAGGCUUCGGAGGAGGGAGAGGGUACUGUGAAGGCUGCCGUAGUAGUAUUCGACCAUGACCUCGAUGUAAUCCAGUGCCCGGAACUCACCACCCACAACAUCGCUGUGGUGAGGAUCCGGACCCGAGCCUGGGAAAUCGCAGCGGCGUCGGUAUACUUCGAGCCGGACAAGCCCAUGGACUCGUACCUGGAGCACCUCAGAGUGAUUCGGCGGAAGUUAGGAAGUCGCCAUCUUCUCAUUGGAGGCGACUUCAACGCAAAAAGCCCAUGGUGGGGGAGCCUCACGGAAGACAGCAGGGGGGAGGAGCUGUGCUCCACACUGGACGAGCUGGAGUUGCAGGUGCUCAACAGCGGCACCCUGCCCACUUUUGACACCAUCCGAGGGGGCAGGAGAUACUGCAGUCACGUCGACGUGACGGCAUGCUCCGCGGAUCUUCUCUGCCUGGUGGAAGGCUGGAAAAUUGACGAAGGUCUGACGAGUUCCGACCACAACGGCAUUAAAUUCAAUAUAAAACUACAAAAAUCAUUUGGCAUUGCAGUAAAAUCAACGACUAGGAAAUUUAACACCAAAAAAGCAAACUGGGACCAGUUUCAUGAGAAACUGGCCCAGUUUAAAAUAGAAAUGAACAUAAAUAAAGAAAAAUUAGAAGAAAUUAAUAAUAAAAUAGAUUUAGAAACCACUAUACAAAAUUAUUUAGAUAUAGUAAACAAAACUUGCGAAGAGACAUUACCCAAAAAGAAAAAUUCUGACAAAAUUACUUUGCCGUGGUGGUCCCAGGAGCUCGUCAGCCUAAAGAAGGCGGUAGCCACCAGGAAGAGAAGAGUCCGCUGCGCUGCUCCAGUCCGAAGGCAGACCGUCGUCGAGGAGUACCUGCAACUAAAAAACGAAUAUGAGGCAAAGGCCAAAUGCGCCUCAACUAGGAGCUGGACAGAGUUCUGCACCAAGCAGGACAGGGAGGGGAUGUGGGAGGGCAUCUACAGGGUGAUCGGACGAACCGCAACACGACACGAAGACGCAACCCUAACAAAAAGUGGUGUGAAUUUGACUCCGGCAGAAUCCGCGUCGCACCUGGCUGAGACCUUUUAUCCCGAAGACCUGGAAGAAGAGGACACAGAAGAACACAAGAACAUCCGGCGUUUGGCCAUGCGGGUAAACGACCCGGAUCAUGAUGAAAACCAUGACCCGCCGUUUACAGCGCAUGAGCUUAUGACCGCGGCGUCCUCCUUCAACCCAAAGAAGGCGCCAGGUGCGGACGGUCUCACCGCGGACAUCUGUCGCCAAGUAAUCCUCCAGGACCCCGAGGCGUUCCUUGCCCUGGCCAACAAAUGCCUCAGUCUGGGCCACUUCCCUAAGAAGUGGAAAGAAGCCACAGUCGUGGUACUGAGGAAGCCGGGCAAGGACAACUACACAAGCGCCAAAUCAUACAGGCCAAUCGGGCUCCUGCCCGUGUUAGGAAAGGUCCUGGAGAAGAUGGUCGUCACGAGGCUCCAGUGGCACCUAGUACCGAGGCUGAGUACCCGCCAGUACGGCUUUAUGCCCCAGAGAAGCACUGAGGACGCCCUCUAUAAUCUAGUGAACCAAAUCAAGGUCGAAAUCAAGAACAAAAAGUUGGUCACCAUCGUCUCACUGGAUAUAGAGGGCGCCUUUGACAGCGCCUGGUGGCCAGCCAUAAAGGUGAGACUGGCGGAGGAAAAGUGUCCGGUCAACAUUAGGCGGCUACUCGACAGCUACCUUGGCGACAGAUGUGUGCGACUAAGGUAUGCCGGAGUCGAACACUUUAGAAACACGUAUAAGGGUUGCGUCCAAGGCUCGAUUAGCGGGCCGAUGCUCUGGAAUGUCCUCCUGGAUCCUCUCCUCAAGAGCCUGCAGGACCGCGGGGUUGUGUGCCAGGCGUUCGCCGAUGACGUGGUUCUGCUGUUUGCCGGACAUACUGCGCUGGAGGUGCAGCGACAUGCCAAUGCCGCCCUCGAAUUUGUUCAGGAGUGGGGAGUCAGAAAUAAACUCAAGUUUGCGCCACAUAAGACCUGCGCAAUGCUGCUGACUAACAAACUUAGGUAUGACACCCCACUCCUGCGCAUGGGCGGGGUCGACAUUGGCAUGUCUCGGGAUAUAAAAAUCUUGGGCCUGACUAUAGACGACAAGCUGACUUUUAACACCCACGUCGCCAACGUCUGUAGGAAGGCCCUAAACAUAGCGAAGCAGCUGCAACGAGCUGCUAAAAUCAGCUGGGGACUGCACCCCGAUGUCAUCCGCACCAUAUACACGGCAGCAGUGGAACCCGUCAUCUUAUACGCCGCGGCCGCAUGGUCGCCCGCAGCCGAAAAGAUCUGUGUCCGCAAGCUCCUCAAUACCGUCCAGAGGGGCUUCGCACAAAAAAUCUGCAAGUCCUACCGCACCGUCUCCCUAAACUCGGCCCUACUACUGGCCGGGUUACUACCCUUGGACUUGCGUGUAAAGGAAGCAGCCGGGCUAUACGAGGCUCGCAAGGGGUCGACCCGGCUAGUGCUAGGAGACCGGGAGGUCGAGCGGGUGGUAGGAUUUGCGGAGCUGCCACAUCCCGCCUUGCGUAUGGGCCUGACCUUCAGAAGUCUAGACGACCGAAGCCUGGUAGACCAACACAACGUGCAGUCGCUCAGAAUAUUUACAGACGGCAGCAAGCUCCAGGGCAAAGUCGGUGCUGCGCUGUCCACAUGGGACGACCAGACCGAACUGCGGAGCCAAAAAUUGAGCUUGCCAGCGUACUGCACAGUCUACCAGGCCGAACUCCUGGCCAUAUGCAGGGCCACUAGCGAAGCCCUGAACAGCGGAGCAGAGAGCUGCGGAAUAUACAGUGACUCACGAGCUGCUUUGCAGACAGUGACCAAUCCCGGGUCUAUGCACUCCCUCGCAAUCGAGGCGCGCCGAAACCUCAGCGUGGCCUUGACCCGUGGCAAAGCUGUGACCUUGUUCUGGAUCAAGGCCCACGCCGGCAUCGAUGGCAACGAGCGCGCCGACGAGCUUGCAAAAGAAGCAGCACUUUCGAGUCGGAGGAAGCCUGAUUAUAACCGGUGUCCGAUCUCAUUCGCCAAGGGGGAUCUUCGAAGCGACUCUCUUGACGAAUGGAACAGGAGGUAUAAAACGGGCGUGACGGCCUCCGUCACGAAAGUGUUCUUCCCGGAUGCGAGGGAGGCAUAUCGCUUGGUGCGCAAAAUACAGCCGCAGGGCAUCGUUACUAGCAUCUUUACGGGCCAUGGGGGGUUCUCCCAAUACUUGCACCGCUUCAAGUGUCGGGAGAGCCCGUCAUGCGUCUGCGACCCUGCGGUUGAAGAGUCUGUCCAGCACAUUUUAUUUGAGUGUCCAGUGUUUGGAGCUAAACGCUACAACCUCGCCCAAAAAAUAGGAAACAAUGUGACGAUCGGCGAAGCCUACGGGCUCGUCGCAAGCAAAAGAACAAGAGCCGAAUUUAUGGAAUAUGCGGAAGCCAUAUGUAGGACUGUAGUGGAAAGGAACGCAUCGGACUAA